AUGCAGCAGCCAAAGCAAUCUCAUUGGGAUGCGGCACUGAGAGUAGUGAGAUAUGUAAAAGCAGCACCACGCCUUGGGAUUUUGCUUGAAACAGGACCUAUUGAUACAUUGUCUGCCUAUUGUGAUUCAGACUGGGCUUCUUGUCCUAAUACUAAAAGAUCUGUCACUGGGUAUGUUAUCAAAUUGGGGAAUUCUUUGCUCUCAUGGAAGUCCAAGAAGCAACAGACUAUCAGUCGAAGCUUUGCAGAAGCUGAGUACAUGAGUUUAGCAACAGCUACUGCAGAAAUCACAUGGUUCCUAGGAUUGCUUAAGGAACUACAGGUCCAGGUUCAGCAGCCAGUGUCCUGCAUUGUGAUAGUAAAGCAGCUCUACAAAUAA